UCCUGAGCGCAAAAAGGUGCAGCGGCGUCUCUGAAAAUGAUCACUCUGUCCUCUGAGACAGCGUGGCUCUGCCUGGCUGUCACAGCAGUGCUGGGAGGGCUCGUUCUUUACAAACUCAGGAAGAGCCCAGGACAAGUCGGGAGAAACAUGGUCUGCCUGGCAGGUCUCUGGGGAGUGGUUUGCCUGCUCAGCCUACCCCUCUUCUGGGGCUUCGUCCUCUUCUCCUUGUCAUGUUUCCUCUUGUAUAUUUACUUAUCUGGCCAAGAGUUGUUACCUGUGGAUCAAAAGGCUGUGCUAAUCACAGGUGGCGAUUCCGGAAUUGGCCAUGCUUUGUCCAAGUAUCUGGACCAGCUGGGCUUUACUGUGUUUGCCGGAGUUCUGGAUGACCGUGGACCAGGAGCGGAGGAAUUACGAAGAACCUGUUCCGAGCGCCUUUGUGUGCUCCAGAUGGAUGUCACCAACACACAGCAGAUAAAAGAUGCCUACAGCACUGUGGUGCAGAAGCUGCAGAACAGAGGACUGUGGGCUGUCGUCAACAAUGCUGGGAUCCUUGGCUUACCUGCUGAAGGGGAGCUCAUUCCCAUGAGCCACUACAAGCAAUGUAUGGCUGUGAACUUCUUUGGGGCCGUGGAAGUCACAAAGACAUUUUUGCCCCUUCUUAGGAAAUCCAAGGGGAGGCUGGUGAACAUCAGCAGCAUGGCGGGAGGGAUCCCAUUUUUAAAUCUGGCGGCCUAUGGCUCCUCCAAGGCGGCUCUGACCAUGUUUUCGGCAAUCAUGAGACAAGAGCUUUCAAAAUGGCAAGUUAAAGUCUCUAUCAUCCAGCCUGGAGGCUUCAAAACAGGUAUCUUAGGCACGAGAGAAAUGCUGGAAAAGCUGGAGAAAGACAUGCUGGACCAUCUCACCCCUGACGUGCAAGAGGAGUACGGCCAGGAAUUUAUCCUUGUGCAACGGAAAUGGCUCAGCAACAUCAGCUGGUUUUCCAGCUCUGACAUAUCCCCUGUGCUCCUCGAUGUCCAGCAUGCCAUUUCUGCUAAGAGCCCCUUUACCUUAUAUGCACCAGGGUCAGGUGCUUACCUGUGGCUCUGCUUUUUUUCCUUUAGCCCAACUGGCAUAUUUGAUUAUUUUAACAAAAAAUUGUAUAACUUUGGUGUUAAAAUACCUAGAGCACUAAGCACGUCUAACUGAAAGAAUAAGGUCAUGUACGCAAAUAAGUGGAAAAUGCUGUAAUCUUGGAGUGAAAGGGAAA